UCUCAUUAUCACUUAACCGGGUUUUUGCAUCCAAUACUAAUAGUUCGUCGCCAAAUCUUAGUAAUUGGCUUUAGUAGGUCGAGAAUUCCACCCACCAACGACGGGAAAAUUCCCCCUUUCUUGUGUAUGAGACGUAAAUGCUCUGGAUAAACGACGUCGUCAUUGCAAAUCCUAUAAAAUAAGCCAUUUUUAGCUCCCACUUAUUUGCGCCAUUAAAAAUCGUCUCUUCCAUCCCAGCUCCAUCUGUCCUUCUACUCCACUGAACAGUACAAUGCUCCUCUCCGCAAUUACUCUCUCCCCAAACUCCAUCACCAACCAAUCACGCACACGUGUUCUCCUCCUCUCCUCUAUCGCCACCGGCCCUCCGAAACCACCAGCUCUCUCUGCUCUCAAGCCACUCAAUGCCGCCACCUCGAUUCGCCACAUUUCUCGUACUCUCCCCGACGAUGAACCGCGAGAACCCGAACCAGGAGUUCCCUUAGUAUCCUCCGCCUCCGCCCUCGCGUCCGCCAUUCGGAAAGCUUCGACGUCUCCCGUGGAGUUCUCUCAGACGGUCGAAGACGACCACAAACACAAAUUGGUCCUUCCUAGCCCCGAUUUUCAGCGUCUCUGCAUCGAGCAACUUGACCUCUUUCGCAGAAUCGUUGAUCCCGAUGCUAUUCUUUCGGUUUAUGUGAGGCCGGCUGGUAGUUACGUUAUGGACCGGCUGGAGCUGCGGCGAGUCAUGUCUUAUCCAGCGGUGAACGCGGCGGACAUUGUAAUCUUAGUCGGUAAUUUUUGUAUUCCGGCGGGAUUACGUACAGCAGAAGCUGCGCUUUCCAGUCAACAAGUGGAAGUUGUGGCGGAGCACAGGGCUGUGGUUUUUCCGAUGGUGAAGCAGCCGUUUGUUGUCGGGUUUUUGGUGGCCGAGCUGCCAGAGAUGGAGAUGGAAGCCCUUGGGAGUACAGAAAAGGUAGAGCGGGAUUUGGUUAACUCUCCGACCCCUGAGCAGGUGUAUGGUUUGCCAAAAAGUCCUGAUGUGAAAUCGUGGGAAAUUCAAUCUAUUGAAAACGAGACAUCAAGGAUGAACACAUUUACUACUGAGGAGAGAUUGAAUGCCAUCAAUAUAUCUCGCUCCCUAGCUAUGGCCUAUGUGAUGGAUCAGAAGUCAAUAUUACUUCAGCAAUCAUCAUGGCAAAAUAAUGUCAGAAUGAGUGCUCUUGUUGAGCAGAUUCGUGGUCCCCUUUCUAGUAUUCGGGCUCUGAGUAGAAUGUUGUCAAUUCACACAAAGAAAAGUGAGAUUGCUCAUGACAUUGUUGAAGACAUUCUGGUACAAAGUGAUCAGAUGAAAGACACCCUUCAAGAACUUCAAGAUGCUGUUUACUUGACAAAGGCCAACAUAAUGCGUUACAAUGAAGAAUCAUUGAAAAAGAUACAUAAUUUGAGUUAUGGUCAUCAUGACUCAAAGACGUCCGAAUUAUCAAAUGACUUUUUGAGCAAUAGCUACAGCAGUCAACUAGAAAAUUCAGGUGUACAGUUAUCUCUGGGCACAACAGCUAAGGAUUUAGAGAUGCCAAUGCCACCCCUGGCACUUGUCCCACUACGACAGGAUGGGAUUAGACCAUGCAAUGUUUCUGAUUUGCUGUUUGAUUUGGUUGAAGCUGUAAGACCUCUUGCCCAUAAGCAGCAACGUAUUGUGGAAUUUAGUGAUCUUUCACAAACUUUGCAAGUUUCUAUAGAAGAGCCUGCUUUGCGUCAGGCUUUGAGCAACUUAAUUGAGGGUGCCUUGUUGCGCACCCAUGUUGGGGGCAAGGUUGAAAUUGUUUCUGCUCAAGCACCAGCAGGUGGCACCCUAGUACUAAUUGAUGAUGAUGGGCCUGAUAUGCACUACAUGACACAGAUGCAUUCACUCACACCAUUUGGAGCUGAACUCUUCUCAGAAAACAUGGUGGAAGACAACAUGACGUGGAACUUUGUUGCGGGACUAACUAUAGCCCGUGAGAUACUUGAGGGUUAUGGUUGUGUAGUCCGUGUCAUAUCACCUCGUAGACCAGAUGCUGCUCUUGGAGCAGGUGGAACUCGCAUAGAACUCUGGCUUCCUACCUUCACUCAAAUACCUGAUACAAAGAGCCCUACUCAUGAAGCAUAGCAAGAAGUGGGGGUGCCACGGUAGUAUAGUCAUCAAUUCAUCAUCUUUUAAGAAGUCUCCUCUCCGUGGAAAUUCACAACAAGAAUGAGCAGGCUAAGUUUGUGAGUUCCUGCCUCAAAUGCUUUUACUAUCUAGAAUUUGACUGGAUUUUGCAAAACCUGUUGUAUUGGUUAUGCUGUACAUGCCUAGAAAAUAAGAUGUAAAUAACAAGAAUUAAGGAUUAUUAGAAGUUCAAUGAAAAUGAAAUAUUGUAGAAGUGUGGAACUCUUCUAAUUU